GCAGCAGCACGUCAAGCUGGGGAGCCUCUCGCGGGCCCUUACGGAAUCAGUCUGCGGUCGAGCUGCGUCGGGCGGGCUCGUCGUCCUCGCGGAAGCCGGGGGAGGGUGAGGGACAGGGCAGGGCGUCGAUCGGAGUGAUUGCCCGACCCUGCUCUCUGAUCAAGUCCAAGUCCUCCGUCGCCGUGCCCGUCCUUGCCGGCCAAGAUCCUCCGGUGAUGGUCCAGCGCUCUCCCUCGAGUCUGUCUGGCAACUCCUCCCUCCGUCAUCGUCCCCCGACCCGGAGAAACAGUGCCGCACCGACCGCCGGUCCUUCGACCACGGCCAACCCUCAGCCGCCUACCCGUAGCUUGCCGCAUCCGGCCCAUCAGAGACAUCCGUCCAGGCUAGGGGGCAAGCCGGAGAACAUAGAGUAUUCGGAAGACUCGGAGUCGAACUCGGAGGAAGGAGAAGGUGGAUCAGGCGGAAGAGACGAGGAGAGAGGCAAGAGAGCAGAGCAGAAACGCGCAGACCAGGAGCGUCGAUUAGGAAGACUAGAGCGCAGGACGGGGACGAAUACGGAGCCGAUAGCGCUCGGAAACAGCGCCCUGUUACUCGCCAACCGGCCCGAACCUGUGGCACCCCCUCUGUCUCCCCGGACAACUCGUAGGAAUAUGCUCGCCAACGAGAUGACAGAGAGUGUGCGUAGAAACUUGCUCUGGGAACGUCAGAUUCAGGGGCUCGCGCUCGGCGUGGUUCCUUCGAGGGUCGAAGUCAAUCGGUCGGAGUCGUUGGCUCUUGGCUUUCGUCACCAUCAACAUGCCUCUAAUCUUCCCAAUUCCUCUACGACUACAUCCACUGCCGAUCCUUCCACCUCUUCUUCUAAUAAUCCCAUCGCUAAUCCUAAUCAGAACCCCAAUAAUAAUAAUAAUAACACGGGCACUACUACGGCUACUACUACAUCUACUGCUGCUGCUGCCGCUGCUACUACUUCUACUCAGUUCAAGAAAACUCAUCUCGCUAGUCUUACAAAUAAUAAUAAAGAAUAUCGUAACUUUUCGAAAGGCUUUCACCGUACCGGAUGGUAAUUGUUUUUCGUUUCCUCUCUUUCAUUCUCAUUACAUACAAUUGAUGAUCAAUCUUCAUCUGGUCAUUUGUAUAAAAUAUGUUCAAUCUCUUAUUCUACUUGAUUUAGUUCUUUAUAUUCUAUCUUUCUUUGGUUUCCUUCUCUUUUCUUUUCUUAUCCUUCUUCUUCCUUCACCAUCGUCAUCGUCAUAAACCAAAAAAGAACAAAAAAAAAUCGCCAUCAUCCUUGUCGUUGUCCGCGUUUCUCACCUCUUUCACCGUUUCUUUCUUUCUUUCUUUUAUUUGUAAUUGUUUUAUUUGUUAUUGUUAUUGUGUGUGUGUGAUGAUGAUGAUGAUAAUGAUCUGUAUUUGUAUCUACCCAACAACAACAACCAAGAAGAAGAACAAAAAAAGGGACUCAUUGUUUGAGUCAAUAAUCUUAUUCGUAUUCCAUGAUCUCUUCAUCUUUCCUUCUUUGUUUUUCCUCCUCCUCCUCCCUCCUCUCCUCUCUUAUUUCAAAAUCUUAUCAGAUACAACCUCAAAACUAACACUCUAAAAUAAGAAGAAAAACAAAAACAGACUCUUUUCCAAA